AUGACAGUUGAAGCAAAUAGUAAUGCGGUUACAGGAUCUAAUGAUCCAGUGCCGUCUCAACAUUCUCGAGGUCAAAAUCAAAGACUUCGAACAUUUAUUCAAAAUGGUAUAGAAAUCGAAAUUCAAGAAGCAAAUGAUGAAAAUCAAAGUUCACCUCAACAACAACCAUCAAAUUCAAAAUCAAAAAAGUCAAACAAUAAGUCAAAAAAAUUGCAUACUCAUAACCAAAAUCAUCAGCACAAACACUCACAUCAUAAACAAAAACAUCAACAUCAACAUCAACAUCAACAAUUACAAACACCCCCACCACAACUAGAUGAAUCAUUAGGUACAACAAUAAUAACAGAAAUUCAACAAGAUGAAUAUGUUUGUUUAAUAUGUACAUCUACAAUAAAUCAAGAAUCCACCAUUUGGAGUUGUCAAGAUUGUUUUAGAGUUUAUGAUUUAGAUUGUAUACAAAGUUGGGCAUUAAAAGGUUCAUCAACAAAUAAAACCAACAAAACUUGGAGAUGUCCUGCUUGUAAUAAUGAACAUUCAAAAAUACCUAAAUUAUUUACAUGUUGGUGUGGUAAAAUCAAAAAUCCAGAAAAAAAUCCAUUAAUGCCUUUCAGUUGUGGUAAUUCAUGUAAUUUUAAAUAUUCAGAUUGUAUACAUAGAUGUUUAAACAUAUGUCAUCCAGGUAAACAUCCCGUAUGUGGUGCAACUGGACCUAUAUUAAAAUGUCAUUGUGGGAAACAAAGAAAACAAUUACCUUGUUUAAUUACUCCUUAUAAAAAGGGAUGGAAAUGUGAUUUAGAAUGUAACAAAGUAUUAUGUGAUUUAGGACAUAAAUGUGAAAAGGGAUGUCAUGGUGGUUCAUGUGGGAAAUGUCAACAAAAAUUAGAAUAUAAAUGUUAUUGUGGUGAUACUAUUCUUAAAACUAAAUGUUUUAAAAGAGAACCUAAAAAUUGUGAGAAUUAUAAAGGUGAGAAAUGGAUAGGUGGUGGAUCAUGUAAUAAAUUAAAAAAGAUAUUUUAUGAAUGUGGUGAACAUUAUGAAACUUUUGAAUGUGAACCACCUCCAAAUUUAGAACUUCAAAAAUGUAAAUAUUCACCAGAUUUAAUAUCUACUUGUUAUUGUGGUAAAACUUCAAUAGAUUUUUCAAAUCGUACAAAAUGUACUGAUCCAGUAGCUGAAUGUGAUCAAGUAUGUGAUAAAUUAUUAUCAUGUGGUCAUUUUUGUGAAUUUAAAUGUCAUGAAGGUGAAUGUGAAUGUACUGGAAUAUUUGAUAUUGCUUGUGAUUGUGGUCAUGAACAAUUUAUUGCUCCAUGUAAAUAUUUGAAAUCAAACAAAACUCCCAAAUGUCAUCAUAAAUGUUCAGUCUUAUUAAAUUGUAGAAAACAUUAUCAUAGAAAAGAAUGUUGUGAAUUUGAAAGUGUUGCAUUAUAUAGGGAGAAAUUAAAGAAAAAAGCAAUUAGAAAUAAUAUUAGAACAAAUUUUAGAGAUGAUAUUAUGUCAAUUGAAGCAGCUCAUAUUUGUACUCAAACAUGUAAUAGAUUAAAAUCAUGUGGUCAACAUUAUUGUCAAGCUAUGUGUCAUUCAGGUCCUUGUGAAAUAUGUUUAGAAUCUACAAAUGAUGACUUGGUAUGUAACUGUGGUAAAACUAUUAUACCUGCGCCAGUUAGAUGUGGUACAGAAUUAAUUUGUCAUGAACAAUGUACAAGACCAACUGAAUGUGGUCAUAGACAAGAGCCACAUGAAUGUCAUGGUGAUAAUGUAUCUUGUCCAAAAUGUACAGUAAUAGUCAAAAAGACAUGUGAUUGUGGAUCAAGAAAUGAUUUACCAGGUAUAAUGUGUUCACAAGAAAGAGUAAGUUGUGGUAAAAUGUGUCUUGUACCAAAAGAUUGCGGUCAUCCAUGUUUGAAAACUUGCUCGGCUGAAUGUACAAAAGAAAAUAAACAUAAUGAUAGUUCACAAUGUGUAUCAAAUUGUUCUAAAAUUAGAAAUAAUUGUCCUCAUUUAUGUAAACAAAAAUGUCAUUUUAAUAAACCUGGUAAAAAUUCAAAUUGUGAUGCUUUAAAAUGUUUGGAACAAGUUUCAGUUAGUUGUUCAUGUGGUAACUUAACUAAGAAAGUUAAAUGUGGUGCAUCAACAAUUGAUUCAACUUCAAUUGGUACAAUUAUUCCAUGUGAUGAAUCAUGUGCCAUAGCUAAAAGAGAUUCACAAUUGAAAUCAGCAUUCUCAUUAGAAUCAACUCCAACACCGUCAAUAAUCAAUGAAGAUGAUGAAAGUUUAAGAUAUUCAGAAUUUGUAUUACAAACAUAUCAAAAACAAAGAAAAUGGUGUACUAAAAUUGAAGAUAUAAUACGUACUUUUAUUGAAGAUUAUAAUUUACAAAUUGAAAAAGGAAUAGAGAGACCUAAAAAGACUUAUCAUUUCCCACCAAUGACAUCUCCACAAAGACAAUUUAUUCAUGAAUUCUCUAAAACUUUUAAAUUAUAUUCCGAAUCUCAAGAUUUAGAACCAAAAAGAUCUGUUUUCAUUGUUGUAACAAGAUUAACUAUAUUACCAGCGAUAGAUUUAAAAAAUUAUCAAGAAAUUAUUGAUUCAAAACAAAUGGAAAUUAAUAAAUAUGAAAAUAUGACACAACAAGAAAUAGAUAAUGAAUUAUAUAAUUCUAUUAUAAUUCAAGAUACUUUCUUUGGGGUAACAAAAGAAGAUUUGAACAAGCAGUUACUCGAAUCCAAUCAAAUUGAUGGGUUUCAAAUUUCAUGGUUAAAAGAAAAUACAUUUAUUAUAUAUGAUCCAAAUUGGUAUUUAAAAAUGGAUAAAGAAUUUGAAUUAAUGUUAUUAGAAUUAUGUUUAAUGAUUAAACCAAAUUUGAGAUUAAAUUCAUUAGCAUUUGAUUGUAAAUUAGCUUUGGUUGAUCCUUCUAUUAAUUAUGUUUUAAAAAUUGAUAAGAGGAAAUAUGAAGUUAAACAAGUAGAUCAAGAAUUCGAGGAGAAAGAGUUAAAGAGUAAUAAUAAAUUUGAUGUUUUAAAUGGGGAUGAAGUUGUAAAAAUUAGAACUUAA